UGCCGGAAAUCAGGAAGAAGUAGUUCCUGUGCUAGCGGCAAUGAAAGGAGAGCGUGCUGUCUCCAACUCAAAGAAAAUAUUGUAAAGAGAACAUCAACUGCACGAAACGCUUUGUGAAAACGAAACGAGUUUAAUUCCAUCAUCAGACGUGAUUUUCAAGUCUUGACCGGGACGAUGUCUUUGGUUUGUGCAAUCUCCAACGAGUACCCGGAGCACCCGUGCGUUUCUCCGGUGUCCAACCAAGUGUUUGAGCGCCGGCUCAUCGAGAAGUACAUCGUCGAGAAUGGGACAGACCCGAUGAAUGGGCAGCCACUGUCCGAGGAACAACUUGUCGAUAUUAAAGUCUCCCAUCCAGUGAGACCAAAGGUACCAUCGGCUACAAGCAUUCCUGCCAUUCUAAAGUCCCUCCAAGAUGAGUGGGAUGCUGUUAUGCUUCACAGUUUCACCCUGAGGCAGCAGCUGCAGACGACUCGCCAAGAGCUCUCGCAUGCCCUCUAUCAACACGAUGCCGCAUGUCGAGUCAUUGCUCGACUUACCAAAGAGGUGGCUGCAGCCAGAGAAGCUCUUGCCACACUCAAACCUCAGGCUGGAUUGAUUACACCUCAGGCAGCCCCUGCCUCUCAGCCAGCCGCAGUGGGUCCUGCUGGAGUGCCUAUGGAGAUUAGUGAACAAGUGGGCAUGACUCCAGAAAUCAUCCAGAAGCUUCAAGACAAAGCAACAAUUCUCACCACAGAGAGAAAGAAGAGAGGUAAAACUGUUCCAGAGGAGCUGGUUAGAGCUGAAGAUCUUGGCAAGUACCGCCAAGUGGCCUCUCAUGCUGGUCUUCACAGUGCCAGCGUGCCAGGCAUUCUUGCUCUGGAUCUGUGUCCCUCAGACACCAGUAAAGUGCUCACUGGUGGCGCUGAUAAAAAUGUGGUUGUGUUUGACAAGAAUGAGGAACAAAUUGUGGCUACGCUGAAGGGUCACACCAAGAAGGUCACCUCAGUCAUCUACCAUCCAUCCCAGUCUGUGGUUUUCUCUGCAUCUCCCGACACCACCAUCCGCGUGUGGUCUGUCACCGGGGGCAACUGUGUCCAAGUGGUGCGUGCUCAUGAGGCAGGUGUCACUGGAUUGUCCCUGCAUGCCACUGGGGACUACCUGCUCAGCUCUUCUGAGGAUCAGUACUGGGCCUUCUCUGACAUACAGACCGGCCAAGUCCUCACAAAGGUCACCGAUGAAAGUGCCGGCUGUGCCCUCACCUGUGCUCAGUUCCACCCUGACGGUCUCAUCUUUGGUACUGGAACUGCUGACUCCCAGAUCAAGAUUUGGGACCUGAAGGAGCGCACCAACGUGGCCAACUUCCCAGGUCACUCAGGCCCCGUCACCUCCAUUGCCUUCUCUGAGAACGGAUACUAUUUGGCUACAGGGGCACAGGAUAGUUCUCUGAAACUCUGGGAUCUGAGGAAACUGAAGAACUUCAAGACAAUCACCCUGGACAAUAACUAUGAGGUGAAGUCCCUCGUGUUUGACCAGAGUGGUACCUACCUGGCUGUAGGAGGAUCCGACAUCCGUGUCUACAUCUGCAAGCAGUGGUCUGAGGUCCUCAAUUUCACAGAUCACAGCGGUUUGGUGAGCGGGGUGGCCUUUGGAGAGAACGCUCGUUUCUUGAGCUCUGCAGGAAUGGACCGAAGUUUGAAAUUUUACAGUUUGUAGAAAAACAGAAAUUGAUAAUGACAUGAGGGAAACGACGGAGGUAGACCAGAGACUGGAUACCUACUUGGCAUAGACGUAUAAUUUGUAGUUUUAAAAAUAUCACUGCUAACUCUGCUUCUUUAGUAUGUUUUAGUCGUCAUGUGCAUAAAACAGAAGUUGAUAAAAUAUCUAUUUGAAAGAUCAGCAGCAUAAUUUCUUUUUUUUUUGCAGUGUCAGGUAAAAUAAUGUGAAAUCAAAUGCCGCGUCAUGUCCUGUUUUAGUUUUUAUAGCAUCCCUGAUUUAAACCCAUUUAUUUUGUGAGUUUGUGUGUACCAUUUGGGGGGGGGGCAUUGGUGAGGUCAUAAGUAAAAUUCCUUGUCUCUUAAUAUUGACCAGUUUAAAUGGUUUUAAAGUGCAUCUGUGGUAACAUAACAGCCUAGAAGGAAGAUGGUGUAUGAACAUUUUGCUCUUCCUUCCUUUGAUUUCCCACUUUCCAUUGGGGAAUUUUGUUUCCUUUUGUUGAUUGCUGUCUCAUCAAAUGUGUCUGUCUCGCAAUGUGCUCUUUUACAGUAAAAUAUCUUUUGUAUGCCAUUUACCAGAUUCCAAGUUUCAUGAAACGGUCUCUUGAUGUAAAUCUAACAGCCUCUACUUAAUUGUUUUAAAAAUUGAAAAAAUACAACUUGUCAGUGCGUUCUCAUUUUUGUAGUUUAAAAUAUUACAGUCACUGUUCUGAGGUAUUAAAAAUCUGCCGAAUG